UCUUUCUCUCUCAUCAUAAACAAAAAAAAAGUUCGCAUUUUUUUUUUCAUUCAAUUUCGUUUAAUUUGUUUUACUCUCACACGCACACUCAAUUUUCAAUUUUUCUCAAAUUUCUGAAUACCCUUUGAAAUUCCGAUCAAAUCGGUGUAUUUUUCGGAGUCAAAAUCGAAGCUUGCAAUGAGUCCAGAGAAACCCUCGCACAGUGAGAAUCUGAACCCCAACAUGUGUAAUCGUGACAAUUGUGUUAACGUUGUUUUGCAUCAGAAUAGAAUUGGUCGGAGAAAGUUUGUCGUGGCGAAGAAGAAGAAGAAGAGUCAGUGUUUUGAGAAGAUUAGGGUUUUGUGCAAGUGUAAGGAGAAUAGUGAUGGAGGGAAGUGUGUUUGUGAAGCUUAUGAGAAUCUAAGGGCUUCUCAAGAAGGGUUUUUCGAGAAAGAGAAGAUUUUUGAUGAGGGUGAAGUGAAAGAGGAAGAAAAAGUUGAGAAUGUUCUAGAAGAGGUUAUUGAGGCAAAUUUGAUUAUUCAUGAUGUUGGUAAUGAGGAAAGGAAAUUGGAUGAUGGAGAGGAUGAUGAAGAUGGAAAGGGUUGUUGUCAUACGGCUAUGGUGAAGCGGAGGAGGGAGAGAGUAUUGGAAGAGGCGAGGAACAGUGUUCCGGAGAACGGGAAGGUUAUGCAUUUGGUGAAGGCAUUUGAGAGGCUUUUGAGUAUAAAUAGUUGUAAGGAGAAAGAGGAGAAUGAGGAUGAGGAUGAGAAGAAGAAGAGAGUGAUGAAAUGGGCAUUACCGGGAUUGCAAUUUCAACGAGAGGUUAAUGAAUGUGAAACGGAACAGGUUGAUGGUUGUAGUGAUGAAAUGUUUAACUGUGUUUUGACUUCUGAGCAGCUUGGAUUGGAUCAGAGAAGUUCGGUUUCGUCUUCUUGGGAUUGCGGCAAUGGAAGUGUGUGUGGCAGGAAUUCUUCUGGUGGUAGAAGAAGUAGAAGAAGUAGCUUGGAAUCAUCUAGUGUUGUUGGAGGAAGGAGGUGGAAGAAGAAGCAGAAGCUAAAAAUAACUAGUCAGAAGCCUUUUAAGCUAAGAACUGAGCAAAGGGGAAAGAUGAAAGAGGAACAGCUUAUGAAGAAGGUAAAAGAUAUUUUGACAGAAGAAGAGAAAUUGAGGAUACCGAUUGCUCAAGGUCUUCCAUGGACCAUAGAUGAGCCUGAGUGCUUGAUAAAACCUCCGGUAAAAGAAAGCACAAAGCCUAUUGAUGUAAAGCUUCAUAGUGACAUGAGGGCAAUCGAUCGCGCCGAGUUUGAUCAACAGGUGGCUGAGAAAUUGAGUCUCAUAGAACAACAGAAAAUGGAAAUGGAAAGACAGCAAAAGCUGGCUGAAGAGGAAGAGAUUCGUAGAUUGAGGAAGGAACUCAUUCCUAAAGCCCAACCAAUGCCUUACUUCGACCGACCUUUUAUUCCAAGAAGGUCAAUGAAGCAUCCAACAAUACCAAGAGAACCAAAAUUUCACAUACCACACCAUAAGAAGAUCAAGUGUUUGUCAUUGAAUGAAAUGAAAUCAUACUCUUCAUACUUCAACUGAGAUGUCAUGAAUCUUUUGCUGAUGAGAAGAUCAAGUGUCUGUCAUGGCAUGAACAAUAUUCAUUUGUAUAGCAAUAUUAAUUUGCAAAUUUUGGUUUUGCUUUUGAUCAAUUUUAGUGCAAUAAUUCUUUGUACUUGGAGACAAAAAGUGUCUUGUUGAAAUGAA